GGACGGGGGACCAUUUCCAUUUGGCUGUCAAAAUGUCAAACUUUCCACGUGAUUACGUAACUAUCAAGUGGCGCUAGUUUCCUUUAGCACUGUGCGUCAAGCGCGGUGUGGUGUGUAGAAAAAGCUCCAUUUGGAUUUAAACAUCAAAAUGUUCUCAUCCCUGUUGGACGCAGCCCGGAGCUCCCCCUUCCGCGGCCCCCUCUCCCCGGCACAGUGCGAAGCCGCCCCUGGUAACCAGGGUAUGGCAGCCGCGGCCGUCACCAAUGGGGACUCCUGUGAGUUUGGAUCCACCAAAUAUUUUGCCCUGUGCGGUUUGGGUGGCAUCCUCUCUUGCGGUAUCACACACACCGCUGUAGUGCCCCUAGAUUUAGUGAAAUGCCGUCUCCAAGUAGACCCUGACAAGUACAAGAAUGUAGUCAACGGUUUCAAAGUGUCAGUCCAGGAGGAGGGCAUGCGUGGUCUUGCCAAGGGCUGGGCACCCACCUUCAUCGGAUACUCCCUACAGGGUCUCUGCAAGUUCGGUCUGUAUGAGGUGUUCAAAGUGGGCUACUCGGGUAUGCUAGAUGAGGAGACCGCAUACACGUACCGUACCGGAGUCUACCUGGCCGCUUCUGCCUCUGCUGAGUUCUUUGCUGAUAUUGCCCUGUCGCCACUAGAGGCAGCUAAAGUGCGCAUCCAAACUAUGCCCGGUUUCGCCAGCACGCUCCGCGAGGCCUGGCCCAAGAUGGUGCAGAACGAGGGUGUGGGUACCUUCUACAAGGGUCUGGUGCCGCUGUGGGGCAGACAGAUCCCCUACACCAUGAUGAAGUUCGCCUGCUUCGAGAAGACCCUCGAGCUGCUGUACAAGUACGUGGUGCCGAAGCCCCGCGACCAGUGUACGAAGGGCGAGCAGCUGGUGGUGACGUUCGCGGCCGGUUAUAUCGCCGGCGUGUUCUGCGCCAUCGUCUCCCACCCCGCCGACACCGUCGUGUCGAAACUCAACCAGGAUAAGACCGCGACAGUGGGCUCCAUCAUCGGCAAGCUGGGUAUGGCUGGAGUAUGGAAGGGUCUCGGCCCCAGGAUCGUCAUGAUCGGUACCCUCACCGCCCUGCAGUGGUUCAUAUAUGACGCCGUCAAGGUGUGGCUGAGGAUGCCCCGCCCCCCACCAGCGGAGAUGCCCGAGUCCAUGCGCAGACGGCUCGAGGCCGAGGAAGCCGGCAAGGCCAAGUGAACACCCACAAGUUACUAGUACGCUGCUCCUGACGACCGACGCCUCGUCCUAAGACACUGCCAGUGACUUUAUGUUAAGGCUACAUCUUUAUUUUGCGAUCCUUUUUCUUCAACAUGCCGCCUCUGCUGUGAGGAUAU